AUGCCAACUCCAGCCUCAAUUCCCGUCCAAUCCUUCGCCCAAACCCAGCAACGUCUUCUCCUAGCUGAACAUGAAGCCGAAAUCGCUUCGUCCGCGCUUGCCACCUCCAUCGCUCAAUCAGGUGGCAUUGUGUCCGCCUCAACUCGCCGCGCAUUACAAGCUACCGGAUAUGCAUUGACAGGCCUGGUGCUAGUCAACUGUCGGACCGGGAUGGGCGGUCGUGAGGUUGGGGAAUUUGGAGUGGAUAGCGCGAUCGGGUCUGGUGCGAGGAACAAUAAUGGUGGAGGAGGUAGGGGUGAGGGCGAGGUUGCUGGUGAUGGUGGAGCGAAGAGAUUGGGGGCUCAUGGGAUAAGAGUUGGUGAUGUGGUGAGGGUUGAGGAUAUUUCAGCGGGGGGCCGAGGUGCUGCUGGCUCCGGAAUUGCAAAGGGGGCUAAGGUAAAAGGGGGAAAGGAGGAGGAGAGGAAGCAUAAGGGGAUGGAAGGUGUGGUGACGAGGGUUGGGGAGAGGAGUGUUUGGGUUGCCUUUAGCGAGCGAGGUGACAUGGGGAAAGGGAGGUAUGAAGAAUCUGUGGAGGAUCUUUGGGCGAGGAAGGUUUGGAUGGUAAAGCUGGCAAAUGACAUUACGUAUCGUCGGAUGAAGCAAACGAUGACCAAAAUGGAGAACAUGACGGAAUCUGAGUAUACACAUUUCAUGAGAGUUGUGUUCGGGCAUACAACACCCUCUCCAGUGGAUAUGGAUUCCAUUGGAACAAUUGAUUUCAUCGACCCUACAUUAAAUGACUCGCAAAGGGAAGCAAUUCGAUUUGCACUUGCAUCAAGGGAAAUUGCUCUCAUCCACGGCCCACCAGGGACGGGUAAAACCUAUACCUUGAUAGAGCUGAUUUUACAACUGCUCCGCCGCAAUCUACGGGUCCUGGUUUGUGGUCCAUCAAACGUCUCGGUUGAUAACAUAGUCGAACGGCUGGCUCCUCAUAAAGUGCCAUUGGUUAGAAUUGGACAUCCAGCUCGUCUUUUAUCUACUAUUCUGGAUUACUCUUUGGAGGUUUUAACGCAGACGUCGGAUGCCGCUGCCAUUGUGAAAGACGUUAGGAAAGAGAUCGAGAUUAAGCAGGCCAGUAUACGCAAGACUAGGAGUGGUAGAGAGAGGAGAGAGAUCUACAGAGAUCUAAAAGAAUUACGGAAAGAGUUUCGAGAGCGAGAAGCUAAAUGUGUGGGUAACCUUGUUACGGAUAGCAAAGUGGUGCUUGCGACAUUGCACGGGGCUGGUGGGCAUCAACUGAGGAAUCAGAAGUUCGAUGUUGUUAUCAUUGAUGAGGCAAGUCAAGCUUUGGAGGCUCAAUGUUGGGUACCCUUGCUAUCUGCUACCAAGGCGAUAUUGGCUGGAGAUCACUUGCAAUUGCCUCCCACCAUCAAGUCCACUCCUUUGAAAUCCAACGGGGCGGAAAGUGGAAAGUUGAGUGGUGAAGAAAAGGCAACUCUAAGCGCAGAUAGAGAUAGUAGUGUAGGACAACAUAAGGCGACAAAAGGAGUUACACUAGAAGUGACACUUUUUGAUCGUUUGCUGUCACUGCACGGUCCCGCCAUCAAACGCAUGCUAACCACACAAUAUCGCAUGCACGAGAAAAUCAUGAAAUUUCCUUCGAAGGAGCUAUACGAAUCCAAGCUAGUUGCAGCAGACGCGGUGAAACUGCGUUUACUUAAAAAUUUGCAAUAUGAAGUCGCAGAGACCGAUGACACGCGGGAACCUUUGGUAUUCUACGAUACGCAAGGAGGAGAUUUCCCCGAACGAACCGAGGAACCUGCUGUGGCGUCGAAGCAAAAGCAGGAACCCAUGUUUGCAGAGAGUAAGAGCAAUGAUAUGGAAGCUGCUGUGGUGGCUCGACACGUCGAGAAUUUGGUUGCGACUGGCGUGAAGCCUGAAGAUAUUGCUGUGGUGACACCGUAUAAUGCGCAGUUGACCAUUCUGUCUCAAUUGCUGAGGGACAAGCAUCCCGGGAUAGAAUUGGGGAGUGUGGAUGGGUUUCAGGGGCGUGAGAAAGAAGCUGUCAUUGUGAGUCUUGUACGCAGCAAUCCGGAGCACAAGGUCGGUUUUCUUGGUGAGAAGAGGCGGUUGAAUGAAGAACCUCCAAUCCCGAUGGAUGAGGUAGUUGGACGACCGAUGAGCAGGUGGCAGAUCACCACAUAG